AUGAAGAAUAACGAGCGCCUGGCUAAUGUGGCCCUUGCAGGGUUGACACUAGCACCCCUUGUUAUGAAUGUAGACCCAAAUCUAAAUGUCAUUUUAACAGCAUGUCUUACGGUGUAUGUUGGUUGCUACCGUUCUGUUAAGGCGACCCCACCAUCGGAGACAAUGUCCAAGGAACACGCAAUGCGUUUCCCAUUGGUGGGCAGUGCAAUGUUGUUGUCACUGUUUUUGCUUUUCAAGUUUCUAUCGAAAGAUUUGGUCAAUACUGUCUUGACGGCCUAUUUUAUAGUUCUUGGUAUCGUUGCUCUUUCGGCAACGUUAUUACCUGCAAUCAAAAGAUUUCUUCCCAAACCGUGGAAUGAUAAUGUCAUUGUUUGGCGUUUCCCAUAUAUCCGGGCAUUGGAGUUUGAGUUCACAAAAUCACAGAUAAUAGCAGCAAUUCCUGGAGCUUUCUUUUGUGCAUGGUAUGCUUCAAAGAAGCAUUGGUUGGCUAACAAUACUUUGGGCCUUGCUUUCUGCAUUCAGGGAAUUGAAAUGCUUUCGCUUGGCUCGUUCAAGACCGGUGCUAUUCUGUUGGGUGGGCUCUUCCUAUACGACAUAUUUUGGGUCUUUUUUACCCCUGUGAUGGUCAGCGUUGCUAAAUCCUUUGAUGCUCCCAUAAAGCUUUUAUUCCCAACAUCAAAUGCAGCACGCCCGUUUUCUAUGUUGGGUCUUGGUGAUAUAGUUAUUCCUGGCAUUUUUGUGGCAUUGGCACUGAGAUUUGAUGUUUCAAGAGGUACCGAGAUCAAAUAUUUUAGAAGCGCUUUUGCAGGAUAUGCUGUCGGUGUGGUCCUCACAAUUGUUGUUAUGAACUGGUUUCAAGCUGCACAGCCUGCACUGCUGUAUAUUGUGCCUGCUGUUAUUGGAUUUCUGGCUGCCCAUUGCAUUUGGAAUGGGGAUGUCAAAGCUCUGUUGGAGUUUGACGAGUCAAAAACAGCUUCGUCCGAAGAAACUAAUGCGGACGCGAACAAGAAAGAAGAGUGA